AUGAUGAUGGACCUUUUUGAAACUGGCUCCUAUUUCUUCUACUUGGAUGGGGAAAAUGUUACCCUGCAGCAGUUAGAAGUGGCAGAGGGCUCUCCUUUGUAUCCAGGGAGUGAUGGUACCCUGUCCCCCUGCCAGGACCAAAUGCCCCCGGAAGCUGGGAGCGACAGCAGCGGAGAGGAACACGUCCUGGCGCCCCCAGGCCUGCAGCCUCCCCACUGCCCCGGCCAAUGUCUGAUUUGGGCUUGCAAGACCUGCAAGAGAAAAUCUGCCCCCACCGACCGGCGGAAAGCCGCCACCUUGCGCGAGAGGAGGCGGCUAAAGAAAAUCAACGAGGCCUUCGAGGCACUGAAGCGGCGAACUGUGGCCAACCCCAACCAGAGGCUGCCCAAGGUGGAGAUCCUGCGGAGCGCCAUCAGCUACAUUGAACGGCUGCAGGACCUGCUGCACCGGCUGGAUCAACAGGAGAGAAUGCAGGAGCUAGGGGCAGACCCCUUCAGCUACAGACCCAAGCAGGAGAACCUUGAGGGUGCGGAUUUCCUGCGCACCUGCAGCUCCCAGUGGCCAAGUGUUUCGGAUCAUUCCAGGGGGCUCGUGAUAACUGCCAAGGAAGGAGGGGGAAGCAUUGAUUCGUCGGCCUCCAGUAGCCUUCGAUGCCUUUCUUCCAUCGUGGACAGUAUUUCCUCGGAGGAACGCAAACUCUCCUGCGUGGAGGAGGUGGUGGAGAAGUAACUCGGGGCCGGUGCUGGGGACAUUCUCCACGCAGCAAGAUCCCACCCUCCCUCCUUUGCCUAAUCCUUUAGAUUAGGUCACAUUACAUUAAUAUUUAG